CAAGGAGGGGCCUCGGUGACCCCGCCUCUCCGUCAGCUGUUAUCAAUGAACAAGUGAAAACGUGAAAGGAUUCGAACCCUGCACAGGUUCUACACACAUACUUUGUUUUAAGACAUUUACUCAAGUCAUUCAUCAGAUUGUGAAUACACCAGCACCGAAGUUUCUUUAGUUGUAUUCGCUCAUAUUUGUAGUAGAACAAAGUUUAUUUCUUUUACAUUACUUCUAAAUCCACUUUCUUCGCCAUGACUGCUGAGCCUUUGGAGAUCACAGGCACUGAGCUGGUCCACAUCCUCCGGACUCCCCGGGACCAGUGCGCCUCAGCCGGCUGCGUGGUGCUGGACUGCCGACCUUUCCUCGACUUCUCCCUGGAGCACAUCCGCGAGGCCCGGAACGUCAACUGGAACUCGAUGCUGCGGCGCCGGUCCAAGAGCUCGGUGGUGGCUCUGGAGUGGCUCAUCCCGGACAAGGCGCUCCUGGGUCGGCUGCGGCGCGGGGACUUCUCCCCCUUGGUGGUGGUGGACCAGAGCAGCCGCUCCGUGGCCGAGCUGCGGCCGGAGAGCGUGGCCCAGAUGCUGCUCACCGCCCUGCAAAACGAGGUCGACACGCAGAUCUGCUUCCUACAAGGUGGAUUUGAGGGAUUUUCUGAGGCCUCUCCGGAGCUGUGUUACAUCUCUGCCAGCAGCCAAUUUACCUCAGUGGAGCCAGAGCCAAUAGUGACAGGCCGGAGGACACCAGCGUACGAUCAGGGUGGUCCAGUGGAGCUGCUGCCUUUCCUGUUCUUGGGCAGUGCCAUCCACUCGUCCCGCAGAGAGACCCUGGCAGCAGCGGGCAUCACAGCCGUGCUCAACGUCUCCUCCACCUGCCCCAACUUCUACGAGGGGGAGUUUGAGUACCUGCGACUCACCGUGGAGGACAAUCUGGCUGCUGACAUCAGAGCCUGCUUCACCACAGCCAUCGCCUUCAUUGACUCCGUGAAGCAGAGUGGUGGUCGAGUUUUGGUGCAUUGCCAGGCAGGCAUCUCCCGCUCUGCCACCAUCUGUCUGGCCUACCUCAUGCACACGCAGCGCGUACGGCUGGAUGAGGCCUUCGACUUUGUGAAGCAGCGACGUCACGUCAUCUCCCCCAACCUGGCCUUCAUGGGACAGCUGCUGCAGUUUGAGACCGACGUCCUCUGCCAAGGAUGAGGAGGAAGGAAAUGAACAUGACUCUACUUUUUACUUAAAUCUCCUGCCUCUUGCAGGCAUUGUGCUGGACUCAAAACAUAUGUACAAAACUAUAGCACAACAGAAUUAAUCACUGUGUGCAUUGAGAGAAAAGCUACUUGUGUUGCUGGCAGCACAUGGCUGGUGGAUCAGGAUUCUUACUUCUAAUAGAAUAUUACAAAUGGUAUCUUGAUGCAACAGCAGUUGGCAACAUACCAACUGUAAUAACCACAUUAUGAACAACUGUGAUUCUGAGCCAGCAAGGUGGAGAUAUUACCUCAUAGCUAUGAGGUAAUAUCCCCUGGUGUUUUGUACUUAAGGGUAGUUGUGUGUGCUUGUCUGGUUUUCUGUGUGUGUGUGUGUGUGUGUGUG